AUGAAGUCAAUCCCAGUCACCGGUCUCGCUGCCCUGGCCACACCUCAGCCAAGUGAUAAACGGGCCACCGCUCCUCCGACAAAAGAGCAGCUCUGCGCUGGCUUCAACAAGGACUUCGAGGCCUGCCAGCGCGAGACCCAAGUCUGCGCCGGCGAGAUUCAAAGCGAGUUUAACUGGGAGAAAAUAUCCGAUUGUCUCGAGAAAAAAAGUCCACAGCCCACUAAAGAGCAGCUCUGUGUUGUUUCGACAAUGACUUUGACGCCUAUCGAAAAGUGCCUCGAAGAAAAACGCCCCGGAGCCGUCAACACGGACACAAGAACCGGCACAAGCACCGAAACCAGCACCAACGAUUUCAACGCGGAUCUCCGCGUUGACACGAAUAGUGACGGCGUGGUCGACAUUGAAGGUGAGCCCGACGUCGAGGGCAAGGCCAACUGGACUGACACUUCGGGUGCCAUUUUUCUCGCCAACAUCGGUGACUAG